GCCUCAUUGGAUCCGAUGAGAUGACAAACCAUGUUAUUUACACCAGUUCAGAAUUUGAGAAGAUGCAGUUCUUAAAGAUUCAGGUUAGGUCCAUUACAUACUUACUUACAGAUAUUCUAAACUCUGAGUAAUUUGAAACCUUACAAAUAAUUUUGGCUUGUACUUUUCUUUGUGAAAUAAUUUUUGAACUUGAAUUUUGAGUUUGGCAAAAUGCCAUUUUCAUAUUUUCUCUCUAGCUUGAAAUGUCUUUUGGAAGAAAGUGUAUUCUUAGACAAACUAUGCCAACUGUGCAGGUUAAAGGGGCGUUAACUCUACCUGACAGAAUUCUUCUGAAUACUGAUGUAAGUGUUGUUUCAGUUCUUUUCAAUGUUCAGUUUCCCUCAUGAUCUGACCAUGCCAAUAAUUAAAUUUUCUAAACAUAACUGUUAUGCACUGACGAUUAAAAUACUUCAAGGGUGUUAUAGCGGAAAUUCUAAAACUAUAUUCUUUUGGACUGUGAACAGGUCAUCAAUUUUUUUCGUAAGAUCGUCAGGGUUGAGCUCUGAGUGGUACGGGCAACUAUAUAUCUUGGUUUCAUAAUGUACCGAAGUGGAGGGUGUCGGGGUUUAUCCUCAGGCUAGACACUGAACAUUUGAAACCAAGAUGGCCGCCUGUUCCGCAAAGCACUUGUUCUGGACAAUCUUACGGAAAAAUAGGGGACUGUGAACAGUUUGGACUAUUCUCCUGGAUUUGAUAUGAUUAAUAAAUCUGUUUGUUUGUUUGUUUUUCUUUAAAAGGCCGGUAUAUUUGAGAUGCAAGGUAAUGGAUUUAAAUGUGAGUACCUGUUCUUUGAAGGAUUAUCUUUAACUAAUUACGAUACACGGUCAAACUUUGAAACGACUGAAAUCGACAUUUAAUUCGUGUAGCGGACACAGAUGAGAACAAAAACCAUGAAACAAUACCAAGGAGAUUUUUCCCUGAACAGAAAACAGAGAGGUCUUUUGUUUUACAUCAUCUGUGUCCAGCACACGAACAACGUUUUGACUCUGAAAACCAAUUAGAUGUCUCCUGCAAGAACAGUCAGACGACUGUGUCAGUUACAGUAAUUGAAAGUGAGAACGUAAAGACAGUGGUUAUUAAUAAGUAAUUUUUGGCCAUCAAGAGAGUCACAGACAAUCUGACAUAUCGCUAAAACUUUGAAAAAUGCAGUAGAAUAUCUUUUUUUUUUUCAUCAUAACCCCAGUAGAAAGCGUUUUUGUUGUUCUUUUUCAUCCGUUAUUUUCUUGUAAACCCCUGCAAUUUCUGGCUAAUAAUCUCUACUGUUUACUGUCUCAAAAUCUAAGCCAAUCAGUUUGCUGUGAGGAUCAAAUUCCGACUGUUACUUUUUUUUUGUUUUUGCACCAGAGAUAUAUGGCAUCGUAGCAGGAAAUAUCGAGGGGGCGACUCUACUGUAGUUUUCUGAGUGAGCAUCUUCACCAGCUCAGCGUGUUAACUAUUUGGAUGAACUAUCUUGUUUUUACUCAAUUUAAUCAUUUACUUUUACCAGCAAAAGAUUAUGAUCAUGUGUUGUCUGCUUGUGUGAGGCACGUGGUCGGCCCCGCCCAGUCAACACCCCACACUGUAACCGUUUUGGCGUUUGGAGACGAGCAAGACCAAGAGAAGAUUUUUGUUGCUGUGCCCGAACGAGGUAAUAAGGCUGUUUGA